ACUUUCUUGUCUUAGAAAGGGGAGCUUCCUAGGCUGAGUGGAUGUGAGAAGAAGGUGAAAAUGGAGGCUCCACAGUACGAGCAGAGGAUCACAAAGGUCUCUCUAGCUGAGGUUCUGAGGUGUUUUCAGCAGCCUAUAAGUGAGGAGCAAGCCUGGGCUAUCUGCUUUCAGUGUUGCUGUAAAAUGGAGCAGAUGACUCGGGGGCUGAGCCCAUCACUCCAUUCUGUAUUCAUAAAAGGUACUGGAAGCAUCUUCCUCCAUGCUGAUGGUUCUGCUUCAUUCAAGGUGUACCGCAAGUCUGAUGUUGGCAGCAGCAUUCAGCAGUCAGAGGACAAGCUGUUGGAAUACUUGGGAGUGGUGAUCUAUGAAGCCCUGGACUGGGGAAUUGAUGACAAAUUGGAGCGAGAACUUAGUGAUCCUUUGGAGAAACUGCUCUGCCUCAUGUUGAAACUGGAUGAGAAGGCAAUGGAACCAGCAGUCACCCUGCAGGAUGUUAUCAAGGUUUGUGAGGAGCACUUGUCCAGGCCUUCUGAGGCCAGCAGCCAUUAUGAAAUGACCUGCAGGAACCUGUUUACUGACUACAUUGAACUUCAGAAUCUUGUGACCAUCAUCCAGACCUCCAGAGAGCGUCUGAGCAAAAUGGAUAUGGAAGAUUUGGUGAAAAAUCCCCUUCAGAAGAGGAAAAAAUACUGGGCCAGCAUCAUCUGUGAACUGCAGAAUGGUGUGAAGCUGCGCAAGAGCACCGAGCGACCACGGCGCUGCGCACCUCCAAAAGAAUGCAUCCUUUCUCCCUAUGAGCUACUUCUGGAUGACAUUCAGCACAAGAGGUACACCCUGCGGAAGGUGAUCAUUGAGCAAAACCACAGGACCCCCAAAGCUGAUACAACCUCUCCCAGGACUCAUGUAAAGCCUGUGCUGGAGGAGAUGUGGAAAGGGAAUGUACCAUGGGAGUCCAGCUGCCAAGAACAGUGCAUAGCACAAAUAAAACAACCACAAAAACUUUGGUCAUCAGCAGCAAGAGAAAAUGGGAGCAGGCCCAAUGACCUACCAGGAACACUUCUGCCACCACAUAUUGCCUUGAAAUCUCCAAGAAACAGUUUGACUCUCCAAGAUACCAAGACAGUGUUUAAAAGUGUUGACACUACAACACAGCAGCUGGGACCAAGUGUUCAGGAAACCACUCCUAAACUGCAUUCCAGAACCUGGCUUGCCUCAGGUCUUGCUGCACAUUACACAUGUCCUUCCAUUAAACCUAAAAGCUUCCUGAAUGCUGGGCAGCAGCAGCUGCCUCCUCACAGAGGAAGGUCCAAAUCUUUAGUGGGAGACCCUCAAAGCAAGGAACAUGACUGUCUCUUUCCUACCAAGUGGCCAUCUCCAACCAUAGCUGAGCUGAUUGGAACCAGAUACACAAUGAUGGUGCUGGAAGGGCAAACCUUCCUCCAAGGAGGUAGUGAUGGUGUCUUUCCAAGAGCAAAGAUCUGUUUCAGCUGCCAUAAGCAGAUGUUUCUUAAGUGGCCUUACAGCUGUUACCUUUGCAGCAGCGUUGUCUGCUGUGACUGCUGCAUCAAGAUGUCCAUGCCCUUCAGAAUGUGUGUACAUCUCCCAUUUCACUUUCUAAAACUUCUGAGACUCUCCAAAGAGGAGGACCCAGCUAUUCAAGAGCAGAAGAGCUCAGAGUUGCUGCAUGAAAUAGAGCACUGGAAGUGUUUAGGUGUACCAGUUAUUUUGGAACCCUGUUGCCUAGCACAGCCUCUGUGCUUUUACAUAGGGACCAUAGCAGAAUGGCUGACUGUGGACAUCUGUACACGGUGUGAGCAGUAUCUGUUAAGCAUGGCCUACAAUCAACAGCAGAGCAUUCCUCUCAAGAGAAUAUCCUGGCCUUGAACCAAACUGCAAUGACUGCCAUAUGUUGCUUAUGUCACUUGCUUUGCACCUGAAGGAACUGAAACAGCUUUAUGCACCUAGUGUCAUAAAGGCCUGACUAGAAGACAGCCCUGCUGGUUAGUCUAAGCAGGAAGCACUGUUAGUAUUUAUGUAUCGUGAGGUGUUACAGAGCUUUGUGGAUUUUAGAACUGUGUUUUGUGUCUUUAGGAAAAAUAAAUGUUGAAGCACU